ACGCCGAUCCUGAGGCAGAGUUGGUCAUGUCAACAGGCUUAAUGGACAUUAGAUGAUGAUAACCAUCCACCUCCACGUGUCUCCAUAUAAAGAUUAAUGUCGAUAUCUCAUGAAGAUUAAGGUACAAUCCAAGACCAUAGGGCAUUGUGGUCUGCAAGCUAAUUGACGGUCGGGGAAAUGUCACGGGUUUGACAGGCCAACUCCAACCAAACCAGAACAAACUAAGCCAAACCAAAUCAAAUCAGUCAAACUACACACACCACCUCACCUCCUCUCUUCUAUCUCUCUCUUUCACGCACACUCUCUCACCUCAAUACUUUUCAGGGCUCAGCCUGCGGUCUGCAUAAUCCCUUCGGCAGCCGCAAAGGCUUAUACAAUCUCCUCAUACUCAUAUCGGCUCGUCUUCUCCCUCCACCAUGCCGCUACGAGUCAACAUCCCUCCCGCGACCCGGGCCUGUCUCGUCAGCCUUCUGUCCCUUUCCCUGCUGUACAACAUCGCCCGAUGGCGUCAGAUGGACUCCACCCCCGGAAAACCCGCCGUCACUCCGAUCGUUCCCUAUCUUACUCUCGUCCCCUCGCGCUUCAUCUUCUACCCCUGGACCCUGAUCACCGCGACCUUUGUCGAGCAGAAUAUCUUCACCGUCCUCUUGAACGGCGCCACGCUCUUCUACGGCGGCAAGUACCUCGAGCGCGCAUGGAGCUCCCGCGAAUUCACAAAAUUCAUCGUCACCAUCGCGCUUAUUCCAAAUGCCGUGAUCGUGCCCUUCUAUUUGAUCGGGGGCGCCCUUCGAGGCGGCUCGUCCAGCAGUGUGGUACAGAUCUGUGGCGGCAUCUCGAUCCAAGCCUCCUUCCUCGUUGCGUUUAAACAACUUGUCCCGGAACACACCGUGACCAUCUUUAAAGGCCUGGUCAAGAUGCGCGUCAAGCACUUCCCAGCUCUGUUUCUCCUCCUGAACACGCUCAGUGGGAUCAUCUUCGGAACGCACGUCGCGGCGAUCCUUUCCUGGCUCGGCCUGUUGACAAGCUGGACGUACCUCCGGUUCUUCAAGCGCCAGCCCGAUCUUACAGGCACCUCGACCGACGGCCUCGGGAUCAAGGGCGACGCCAGCGAGACCUUUGCGUUUGCCGCGCUCUUCCCCGACCUCAUCCAACCGCCGAUCGCGUUUCUGUCGGAACAGGUCUACAACGUCCUGGUCGCCUUCAAGAUCCUCAGACCUUUCUCCGAGGAGGAUAUCGCAUCGGGCAACCAGCAGGUUCUCGCCCGCGGCGAAGCCGGUCUUCCCAGCCUGCUCAGCACCCGCAGCGCACGAGGCAUGGCCAAGCGCGAGGAGGCGGAACGGAGACGGGCCUUGGCGCUCAAAGCCUUGGACCAGCGACUCCAGGCUGCCGCCGCGGGGAGAGCGCCGGCAUCCUCGUCCCCCCAACCGACCACCCAGACCCCGACGACGGCCACUCCCACGGUCUCUGCCGGACAGGGAAUGCUGGGAGCCACCAGCUAUACCCCGGAUCAC